AAGGGAGAAAACUAAGGAGUGGAGAGAGAAAAAAAAAACAGAAUUACACAGAAACUCAAUCAAAAUAAAAAUUUAUUAUGGAUCAUAGGUUACGUUGUUUUGUGACAAUACCCAAAAUUCCUUUUCUAUUGCUACUUUCUCUGAUUCUCGUCUUCAGUUACGUUAACGCAGCCUUCGACCUCGCUACUAUACCCUUCAACGAUGGCUAUUCUCCGCUCUUCGGAGAUAGCAACGUUGUUCGCUCCGAGGAUGGCAACGGCGUACAACUCCGCCUCGAUCGCUACACAGGUUCGGGUUUCAUUUCCUCCAGUAUGUACCAGUAUGGAUUCUUCAGCGCGAGAAUCAAGUUGCCAUCGAAUUAUACUGCUGGUAUUUGCGUGGCCUUUUAUACAUCAAACGGUGAUGUGUUCGAGAAGUCCCAUGACGAGUUGGACUUUGAAUUCUUAGGUAAUGUAGCCGGAAAACCAUGGCGGUUUCAGACGAACUUGUACGGCAACGGUAGCACAAAACGUGGCCGUGAGGAGCGUUACCGUCUGUGGUUCGAUCCAACCAAAGAAUUUCACAGAUACAGCAUCCUUUGGACUGCAAAGAAUGUCAUAUUUUACAUUGAUGAAGUUCCAAUUAGAGAAGUGUUACGAAGUGAGGAAAUGGGAGGUGACUACCCAUCAAAGCCAAUGUCAUUAUACGCCACCAUAUGGGAUGCAUCAAAUUGGGCUACAUCCGGUGGAAAAUACAAAGUGAACUAUAAGUAUGCACCUUUUGUGACCGAAUUCAAGGACCUAGUCCUAAAGGGUUGCUCCGCCGAUCCCAUCCAAGAGGUUUCCGGCACCGAGUCUUGCUCCGACCAACACGCGGAUCUCGAGGCUCAAGACUAUGCCACCGUAACCCCCAUGCGCCGCCUCGCCAUGCAGCGGUUCCGCCAGCGUUACAUGUAUUAUUCAUAUUGCUAUGAUACAUUAAGGUACCCCGUGCCACAACCCGAGUGUGUCAUUGUACCCUCGGAAAAACAAAGGUUUAAGGAGACCGGAAGGUUGAAAUUCGGUGGCAGCCACCGCAGGCAAUCUCGACGGAGGGGCCGUACAACAACUCCGGUGGAUGAUACCGAUCAGGGUGAUAUGUGAUGAUUGAUAUUGAGAUGUAUAUAACAGUGUCCAUUUUUUAUGUCUUUAUUGGUCGUUUUUUUACAUUAUAUAUUAUUUAUUAGUUGACAGGCAUACAUAAACCAUUCGAUUUAUAUAUGGUCUUUAUUUUUUUUUCAAUACAUGUGUUUUGGUGUUAUGCUUUGUGUUAGUAUAUAGGGGGAAUAUAUAUCCAAUGAGUGCCCUAAAGAAAUAAGUCAAAUAUUUUGUGUGUCAAGAAAUGCAUGGCUGGUCAUUGAUCAUGCUGCA